GCGGUUGGGGAAGGUCGGGCUCGCCUUGUGGGCGGGGCGUAGUGGGGGAGGACCGCGGGGAGGACUUGGCUACGGACCCCGCCCCCACCGGGGAUGCGCCGUUUGCAAGCAAGCCUCUCGGAAUAAGAGACGGCCGCAAGCCGGCUCUGAACCUCCCCCCCCCCCACAAAUUCCACACACGCACCCCAGAGGUUUCAGAGCCAUGGCUGACCAGCGCAGCUCUUGGAGUGGAGGCUUGACCGGUCUGCAGAAGGUUGCCCUGGGCCUUGGCAUCCCAGCCAGCGCUGCCAUCCUCUACAUCUUAUACUGCCGGUACCGGGAGGAUCAAGAAGAGCGGAUGACUUUCGUGGGGGAGGAAGAAAUUGAAUUCAUGCUGAAGGUGCCCCAGGAGGCGGUGAAGUUCCUCCUUGGGCGGCAGGGGGCCAAAGUGAACCAGCUGCGGAAGGACACCCAUGCCCGCAUCAACGUCGAUCUGGAGGAAUCCGGCGAGGAGCGGACGAUCCGGAUCUCGGGAUCCCCCGUCCAGGUGUGCAAGGCCAAAGCCGCCAUCCACCAGAUCCUGGAGGAGAGCCUGCCCGUAGUGGAGAAGAUCUCCGUGCCCAACCGGGCCAUCGGCCGCAUCAUCGGGAAGGGUGGCGAGACGGUGAAGGCCAUAUGCCGGAGCACCGGGGCCAAGAUUAACUGCAACCACGACGGGGAGGGGGCCCUGUCGCUCACCCGCGUCGUCACCCUGUCCGGGACUCGCAAGGAAGUCCAGGCUGCCAAGGAAUUGAUCCGCGAGAAACUGUCGGAGGACGAAGCUUUCCGCAGUAGGUUGCUGCAGUCGGUGUCGGCACGUUCGCAGCGCAAGCAGCCGCUGGGCACCCGGAGGGAGAUGACAGCGGCCGGCGACUCGGGACAGCAGCCUUACUCGCACGCGGAACCUCGCAGUCGGACGCCGGAACUUGGGCACCUCUGCCAAGAGGCUGGCGACGGGCCGCCGGAUUAUCGCUCGGGGGAUCGUCCAGAGUCGAGCGGAGCAGAGUCCCCGAUUAACCCCUGGCCUGCACUGAGCUCCGUCUUUGAAGUCCCCAGCCCAGAUUUCAGCAUCCAUGCCAAGGACCACCUGGAGGUCUACGUCUCGGCCUCGGAGAAUCCCAGCCAUUUCUGGAUCCAGAUUAUCGGCGUAAAAGCGCUCCACCUGGACAAACUCAUCCAGGAGAUGACAAAAUACUACGAGGACAACGAUGACGGCGAGCUGGAAAGUGUGCAGGUGGGGGACAUCGUAGCCACCUACUACCCCGAAGACCGUUCCUGGUAUCGGGCCGAGGUCCUGGGGACCUUGGACAACGGCAACCUGGAUAUUUAUUACGUGGAUUUUGGGGACAACGGAGAGGUGUCCCUGGAGAAGCUGCGGCUGUUGCGGAGUGAUUUCCUAGGCCUCCCCUUCCAGGCCAUUGAGUGCAGCUUGGCCGGUGUGGCCCCUACUAGUGGGCCGCGUUGGGAAGAGGCCGCCCUGGAUGAGUUUGACCGCCUGACCCACUGCGCCCAGUGGAAACCGGUGUUUUGCAAGAUCUGCACCUACGUGCCCGUGGGCAGCAGCGUGCGGCCGUACGUCCGUUUGUUCAAGCCCGCCGACGGGCAGUUUAUCGACGUGGGAGAGGAACUGAUCCGGUUGGGCUACGCGGUACGGAAGCUCUCGGACGAAGAUGAGGACACCUCGCAGGAGCCGCUCGGAAACCUGGGAACCUCUGCAGGGAUGUCAUCGGAGAAUCUGUCAGAGAUGGCCUCUGUGUCGGAAGGGGAGGAGAACUCGGUGAUGCUAUGAGAGCCUCCGAAGGAAGGCAGAUUGAAGGAGUUGUUUCUUGGAAGGGACCGCAGAAAGAUCCCACCCGCCGGAGGGACCGUUUGGAAUCUUGUGGGGGACAUGCCAGCACUCCGCCCCCCCCAAAAAAGGGACUUCCACUACAGCACUGUUUGGCUGCACUGGGUAGAUUUUGAAUGGCAAGCUGAGAUUUUAAACAAAUUUCAGCCAUUCUGUAUCGCCAUUUCUCUGGGAAGUUGCGCAAGAGAUGGGAGGAGGCUGGCUGUGUUUCUGCCCCCCAAAACCUGAGUUUAUGUUCACGUUGGGCUGUUAAGACCCUGAGUCCAUCCCUCGUUUUUCUUAAAAAACCCCCCCCUUUUUUUUUGGUCUCCACCGGUCUGGAAGGGUUGGGGUGGCCUUGCGUUUCUUUGGCCUUAAGCCGCAAAUGCCUGACAGCCCUGUAUUGCGAGUCCAAA